UUCCCUGUCAAGUCAGUCGUUCGGUUCUUUCCAGGAAUGGCCAGGGUUCCUUGCCUCGUACACAGAGGAAUGCUCUUUGAGUCCUCUUCGAGCUCGGGGAUUGGUCUCUGCAGUCACUUCUGCAUGACGCCAAUGUUCCUCCGGGCACCCGAGGUUGCAGUUCAGACUGUUAUCCCAGUCAGUUAAUGUCCUUCCAACACCAAAAUUUUCCUGGUGCUCUGAUUCCAAUUGUAUUGCAGCUUUGGAUCUGGAUCCGACUUGGAUGCCAUGGUCGUCUUUCCUGAUGGCUGACAGUCGUUCUUUUGGCACCUAGGAACUAUCAACUCAAGUCAAUAAACACAAGUUGUGGUGUGACAUUGCUGCAGCGGAUUGUAUCAGUCUCGGGCCGAGAAAAUAACUGGCCUUCCUCCAGUAGCUCUCACGAUUGAGAACCUCCACUCACAUGUUACUCUGACAGGUUUCCAGCAAGCUUUGCAUUUGGAGGGGAUCUGGUAAACUUCCAAUGCGGCGAGCAGCUCCCCUGAUGGGCCUGUGCUGGGAUCCAAGGCUGGCAACGCUCUGAUGGGAUGACGGAACCGAAGGAGAACGACAGGAACAAUGAGGCUCUGGGGCCGGCAGUGACGGUGGUAGAAGUCAGGAAUGAAAAUAUAUCGUUAGAGGAUCAGGGAAGGAGUGAGGCAGAAAAUGCACUGCGCGUGUGGAAGGUCGGUGUUCUCUUCUCGCCUGCGUCGACGACGAUCGCAGCAGGCUUGUAUCUAUUCGAUUUUAUCAGUAACAUCCUGGUACUGAAGGAAUACUGGGACUACUACAAGCAACAGAAAUGGCACAGUUACAUCGAUUCUAAUGAGGGUAGCUUUUCGUCCAGACCUUUCGCAAUGUGCUUAUUCUUGAUGGUGGCAGGACAUAUUGGCACCGUCAUAGCAUUCAAGCUGAAGCUCCCCCGCGAACGGAACCCCCUUCUGUCUGCGUAUUUCCUUCCGCUCGUACAGUUUCGCAGGUUCGUCCAGGGAGUCAUAAAAACGGGUUCGUGUCAAAGAAAUUCAGCACCCUGUGAACCUUUGGAUUUCGAGACGGAGGCGCUUUACUCGAUGGUGGCAGCUGCAAUUGAGACCGGUCCACAAGCGGCCCUGCAAUUUCUCGUCAUUGUUGUGGUGAGCCGAAGAGUGAAGUCACGGAAUGUGCCUCUUACUCUGCUGCUGUCGCUCAUCGCAUCCUUCCUCUCUGCAUCUUACAACACUGGCAGGGCCGUCAUGUUCAAGUUGAGCAGGAGAUGGACCGUAACUCUAAAUAACGUGGGCCUUUUAGCAGGCAUCUACACAGCAGGGGCGCUGCUUCUACGAAUGAGUACCAUAGCGGCAGUUAUGAAUUACUGGAUGAAGUACUUUAAUAUAGGGUUUAUGGCGUAUCUUCCUUUGUGGUUAUUUCCUGGAUCAUACGUUAUCGGAAUGAUCUGCGUGGCUCCAGCCCGAAAACUGCUCUCACUGUCAGGGCAGCUGCACGCCGUGGUUGCUGGCUAUGUGAACUUCACUCUGGGGCCUCUGUAUCCUGUUGUGGAUGGUUACAGACAUGUCGUCGAUCAAGGUAGCUGCAAGAAUGGCAUGGGGCGCCACCUUGGACUUACAGUAGGCCUGAACUUGCUCUUGGAUAUUAUUCCCAUUUGUGUGAGCGCCAUUAUACAGCAAAGUCCGUGCGUUUACCACUUGGAUGGCGGAGAAAAAAUCAUCUCCACUUUCACGUGUAGGAGUUAUUUAGCGUACAUAAUCACAGGAACCUCUCUAACUGUAGUUAUAACCAUCGUCUUGAUAUGCCUUUUGAAUAUUGUGGAAAAGCGAGAAUCUGCGUCCGUCUCGGACGAAACAUGUAUAGAAAACUCAGACUCUCGCCAUCCCGAGCUGGUGGCCGAGGAGGAGAAUCCAGAGUCUCCAUUUUAUCAGCUCAGCCGAAGGAUACAAUCGGACAAGAUAGAAUUACCUGCGCAUCCGCAGCAACCUUCUACUCUCGUUGUGUAGUUCGUCCGAUCCAAGUUGAAUACCUGUGAACGGGCGAUCAAUAAAGCUUCCAGUAUCUCACUGAUGCAGGGCAUCGUUAUGAGGUAGAUAAUUCUUUAGACGCAGGCAGAUCUCCGUUAUCAUUGUGGACUGGUUGAAGAGUGGUACAUGACCUCUACCUUCAACAUCCUUAGCAUUCACCUACGGCUGUACUUAGCGUAAACUCCCUCACCUUCCUUCAUUACUUUCAUUCUUUCCUGUCAAAGUUUCUAGUUGCAGUGCACCUCCUCCUGCCGAAGUCGGGGUGGAACAAAUUUUGCACCGAAUGAAGUCCAAGAAUGACCCUAGUUUGGAAUUCAUUCAUUCUCAAGUGGUCUUCACUGCUGCUACGUUUUAUGAUCACCGUUCGAUUAGCAACUUGUAACCUUAGAUUGUCAACCAAGCGGAUCACCACAUGAACAGCUGCCAUAGCACUGUUUCGAAAUAUAUUAAGCGUCAGAUGGAUGAAGUUUCAAGUAUGUUUAGAGCGAGGAGAGCCAGUAGUGUCGACACUGAGUACUGUGGAUGUUCCGUCUAGUCAAUAAUGUCAUAGACCGAUUUUUACCGGAAUAUUAAAGUCCCAAAUACAGCUUUUCUCAAUCAAGCGAUCUGACC